AUGGGAAAUGAAUCGGACGACGAGUUCGCAGCUGGGCUGAGAGAGCUCAAAAUCACUAAACGCAAUGCACGCGCGAAGGACGCGAAGGAUCGUGCGGCAGACGUGAAUGCGUCGUCCACGCCGGCUAAGGAACCAAGAGCUGAGAACAUGGAGGCAGAGGGCGCUAGAGAAGCGCUUAAAAGCACUGAAAACCCUAGGGAACAGAAUGCGCCCCCGCUUCUAGCCCAGGACCAGGCUGCAGACGUUAAUGCACGGGAUGAGGAGUCUAAUUCCGAUUCGUCACAAGAUUGGGCGGCAGUGCCUGCGAUUUCGUCUUACGACCUGUAUAACAAUAGUGGCGAGCUGGCCAUCAAAGCAGAAUGUUCCCCCGGGCCGCAGCGCGACGCGCAGCGCCCCUCGGCCCCAACAGCCGCGGGCCAACAGUCGCCCCAGAAACGCAUGUCUACUUUCGGAUACACCAAGGUCGCCGACGAAGGCCAGGCACAACGGUCGCAGGUCACCAACAAAAAAACAGAGUUUCUGUUUAACCACAAACUUCUGAAUGAAUCCAACAGGUCUUUGAACGGGGCAGGCCCUCGCAAUGACUCCUUCGACGAGUUUGAGGAUCCAGAGGAAUCCACCAACGAACUUAACCCAGAAAACCAACUUUCUUUUACCAAGAACUUGCUCAGCGACAAAGAAAAGUUUGCCUAUGUUGGGUCCGUAUCAGUGCUCGCGGAUGAACUAUGCACCCGCCUAGCGUUGAUCUGUCUAUGUACUAAUCUCACAGGGCGCAAGAAGCUUGCUCAGAACCUACAAAAGUUACAGAAAGACAUGGGCCAAUGGAAGAGCACCAUCCUACACAGGCUCUACGAGCAUAUGGAUAUAUCGCCCGAGGAGAUCCGCAUGGUGGAAGGGCUGACGAGUCACGGCGUAGCUCUAGAAGACCUUUGUAAGUGUCUCAAGGUGUCCCAGGUUGUUGAAAACCCUUGGGAACAAAAGAGUGAAAAAAAGCCCCAAACUCCGGAUCUCCAAGAAACCGACGUCAACAAUCCUCCCCCCUCCAAAAUUCUUCAGCCAAUAGACCUGACGAAAGAAGCAAAACUCAAAAUAGAUGUGGCAUGGACAAUAUUGUGUGAUCUUUUUCUCCUGCUUCUUGCAGACACUAAUUAUGAUGCGCGCUCGAGGACUCUGCUCAUAAAAUUUGCUGAAGUGAUGAAGAUUUCCCAUACUGAGGUCUGUGAGUUCGAAAGGCGAAUCAUAGAUGCGCUAGAUAUGGAGCAGUCCACUGAAGAACAAGUGUGGAACGAAGAUGAGCAUAUGAAGACACGCAGAAAGAAAAACAAGAGACGUAAACUUUAUUAUGUGGGGCUUGCAACAUUAGGGGGAUCCGUUGUGUUAGGGCUGAGUGGUGGAUUGCUCGCUCCAGUUAUUGGUGCAGGCAUAGCCGCAGGUUUAUCCACCGCAGGCAUAACAGGUGCUACGGGAUUUUUGACAGGCGUUGGAGGUACCGCAAUUGUUGCCACGACAAGCACGGCAAUCGGCGCCAAGAUUGGGACGCAAGCCAUGUCGAAGAGAAUGGGGAGCGUUCGAACAUUCGAAUUUAGUCCGCUGCAUAACAACAGAAGAGUGAACCUUAUUGUGAGCGUUUCUGGAUGGAUGACAGGAAACGAAGAUGACGUCCGGCUACCUUUCUCAACUGUUGAUCCAGUUGAGGGUGACUUGUACUCUCUUCAUUGGGAACCCGAGAUGUUAAAAUCGACUGGCCAGACCAUCAACAUCCUGGCAAGCGAAAUUUUUACACAAACCCUGCAACAGAUAUUAGGGGCCACAAUUUUGACGGCAUUUAUGUCAGCUAUUCAAAUGCCAAUGAUGUUGUCAAAAUUGGGCUAUAUUAUUGACAAUCCUUGGAACGUUUCUCUUGACAGAGCUUGGGCUGCAGGUCUGAUUUUAGCGGACACACUGAUAUCUCGCAAUUUAGGUCAAAGACCUGUCACUCUAAUUGGAUUUUCUUUGGGGGCCAGAGUUAUUUACUCUUGCUUAAUUGAACUGUGUAAGCGUAACGCAGCUGGAUUAGUGGAAAAUGUUUUUAUCUUCGGUUCUCCUGUUGUUUUUAACAAAGAAGAAUUGGUAAUGGUGAGAUCAGUGGUCAGUGGCAGAUUUGUUAGUGGGUAUUCGGAAAAGGACUGGAUUUUAUGUUACUUGUUUAGAGCUACCGGAGGCGGCUUCAAAAGUGUACUUGGAAUCUCUCCUAUAAAUGGAAUUGAAGGCAUAGAGAGCUUUAAUUGCACAAAACUUGUGGAGGGGCACAUGGCUUACCGUAAAAACAUGCCAAAACUACUGAAAAAAAUGGGCUUGUCGGUCUUGAGCGAAGAGUUUGUUGACAUCGAAGAGGCUGCUGACCCGGAACAAGUACAGAGACAAAGAAAAAUGAUUCACGAGAUCGACGAGGCUCAAAAGAAGAUGUCCUCAAGGAAGAAACGCAAUAGCUGGGUACCUAAGUGGAUGAAGCCUAAGAAAGCUAAAUGGCAAGAAAUGUGUGAGGAAACAGCUAUGAAUUAUGAAACAAGCACCGAGAAAGAUUCUGGCGAGAUUAUUGAAAGAUCCAGACACAGAGAGAAAACCGACGAAGCAUUGAUUAACACAAGUGCCCUCAUGAAAGAGCUUAAUAACAUUAAGCGGGCUUUAGCCGCUGACCCUGAAGCCGCUUCAAAGCAUGAUAAAAACCCAUCUUGUACUCGUGAUGGCGACGAUACAGCUCCAAUUGAAUCCAGAGGAGGUGAAAACAAAUUACAAUUAUUAAGUGCCGGCACUAUAGUGCUGCCUGAAGAUGAAGUGAGUUAUCAAAAGAAAAAAUCAGAGCCUGUUAGUUUUGCAUUUUCAGAUGAUUUCUGA